AUGGACGUUCUGGCAGUUCCUCAACACGUUCAGCAAUGUGAAGAUGUAGAAGGAGUCAGAAUUCAAGCCGAAUUCAGACGUUUCCUUGAAGAAUUUAAAGAUGACAGAGGAGAAAAUAUUUAUAUGAAGAAUAUGGUCGAUUUAUCAGAGCCAGAAAGAAACACUCUGUAUGUAGAUCUUGAGCAUGUAGUUAUGCAUAGCAACACUUUAGCAAAUGCUAUUAUGAUGCAGUUUUACCGUCUUUAUCCCUUUGUUUGUAAUGCUCUUCAAAUGACUGCUAUUGACUCCUUCAAGGAUGACAAUGAAAAACAAAAAAUGCACAAAAAAGAACUUUAUGUUUCAUUCCACAAUCAUGCUAACAAGGAAAAGGUCCGUGAAUUGACUUCUGAUAAAAUUGGAGCUUUGGUCUCCAUUACGGGUCAAGUCGUCAGAACUCAUGCUGUGCAUCCUGAACUCUGCCGUGGAACAUUCAUCUGUCCAGCUUGUGGAGUCACCACUAAAAAUAUUCUCCAACAGUUCCGAUACACUCAGCCCUCUAGAUGUGCUAACCCUCAAUGUAUGAAUCGCACCAAGUUCGAUCUGGAUGUUGAUGACUCUUCAUUCGUUGAUUUCCAAAGAAUCAGAAUACAAGAAACACAAGCCGAGUUACCUCGUGGUUCAAUUCCUAGAACAGUAGAUGUCAUUGUUAGGGGAGAGAUGGUAGAAACUGUCCAACCUGGAGACAGAGUUACCAUUGUUGGAAGUUUAAUCGUAGUUCCUGAUAUUUCUCAAAUGAACAGUCCUGGGCUUCGUUCUGAAGCUGGAGGAAAGAGUGGCCGUGCCGGAGAGAAGGAAGGGGGAUUGACCGGAUUGAAAGCUCUGGGAGUCCGUGAUUUAACAUACAAAAUGGCUUUCUUAGCUUGUCAUUUGGAAUCUAAUAACACAAAGUUCGGAGGAAAAGACUUCACACAUGAAACCAUUGAUCAAAUGGAGUUGUGGAAACAAAUGACUCCCGAAGAGCAAACCUCUCUUAAGAAAAUGAGUGAGGAUAAGAAUAUCGCUCAAAACUUGGUUGACAGUCUCUUCCCUAACAUCUACGGAAACGAUGAGAUUAAACUUGGAGUACUCCUGAUGCUUUUCGGUGGAGUCGCUAAGAAGAGCAGAACCGAAGGAACAACUUUGAGAGGUGACAUCAAUGUGUGCCUUGUUGGUGAUCCUUCCACGGCUAAGAGUCAGGUUCUCAAAACGGUCGAGGAGUUCUGCCCAAGAGCUGUGUACACCUCUGGUAAAGCGUCUUCCGCUGCUGGUUUGACUGCUGCUGUUGUCAAGGAUGAAGAAUCGUUCGAAUUCGUUAUCGAAGCUGGUGCUUUGAUGUUAGCGGACAACGGAGUUUGUUGUAUCGAUGAAUUCGAUAAGAUGGAUCCCAAGGAUCAAGUUGCUAUUCACGAAGCUAUGGAACAGCAAACAAUUUCCAUCACCAAAGCUGGUGUAAAAGCUACAUUAAACGCCCGUGCCUCCAUUUUGGCUGCUGCUAAUCCGGUUGGAGGUCGCUAUGACAGAUCCCGCCCACUUAAGCAUAAUGUCCAAAUGACCGCCCCUAUCAUGAGUCGUUUCGAUUUGUUCUUCGUACUUGUUGAUGAGUGCAACGAGCUUGUCGACUUUGCCAUUGCUCAAAAGAUUUUGGAUAACCACAGAUGCAUUGCGGGAAAAACUGUCCGACCAGCACCAUACAGCGCUGAACUAAUCCAACAAUAUAUCACUUUUGCCAAAUGCUUCAAACCAAUGAUCAGUGAAGAUGCUGCUGAGAGUCUUGUCACUACAUACAAGAGACUACGCAUGUCUGACAGUAACAAUGCUGCCACAUCAUCUUGGAGAAUUACUGUUCGUCAACUCGAAUCACUUAUCCGUCUCUCUGAAGCUCUUGCUCGCCUUCAUUGCUCUGCUAAGGUCACUGUCGAACAUGUUGAUCAAGCUGCUAAGUUGCUCAACAAAUCGAUCAUUAGACUCGAUCAGCCAGAUAUCGCUCUUGAUGACGAUUUCGAAGCCGACCCAUUCGUUUUGAAUGAGCAGAACAAAGAGAAUGAAGACGAACCUAUGGAAACUGCUGAGAAAUCUGACAAGAUCGAUCCUGCUAAAUUGAAAAUUAGCUUCGAGAAAUACAAAAAACUUUCUGAUAUGCUUGUCUUGCACAUGCGUCAGGAUGAAGAUUUGAUCGAGGAUGAUGACGAAGAGUACGGUGGAAUACAUGAGGAUGAUCUGGUCAAUUGGUAUUUGGAAUUCAUCGAAGCGGAAUUGGAAACAGAAGAAGAUGUGAACGUUCAGAAAACAAUUUGUAAACGUGUUAUACGUCGUCUGAUUAACGAAGAUCGUAUUUUGAUUGAACUUGAGCCUGGUACUAAUCCCACGUUAGUUGUACAUCCCAAUUAUGUAAUCUCUGAUUAG